AAUUAAAAAAUGGAAAGAAAAAUAAAAAAAAUCUAAAUUGGUGUGCCUUCUUCCUCUUUGAAACCGAAACUUCACUAUCAAUGGAUGCAAAAAACAGCUAAAUAGCUCAGAGUUUUAAAAGUAUUUGCUCAUAAUCGGCACCUCAUACAUAACUUUUGACAUAUGAGGAUUGCUCGACAUUUCUUUUCAAUUUACAGCUAUGUGUUAUUUGAAUGUCUUGCAAUCAAGUGAAGAAACUAUUGAAAAUGAUUUUUUAACAUAGAGCUCAUUAAUUUUCUGAGCCUAUAGCGCUGCUGUGAAAGCGAAUAUGGUUUCAAGCGAGAAUGGUGAUAAUAGUGGUGGAGCUCAGGAAUCUAAUAGUACAAAAGUCAAAAGUAAUGUUCCUUUGCACGUCUCUACAUCUCAAAAGGGUCUUAUAACUGAUGAAAAUUCAGGAAGUGAAUUUGGCAAUGGGUUUUCAGCUCUUUCUAAAAGGCUAAUAUUCCUUAAGUUAGGUAAUUUGUCUUCUCCAUCAGCAAAAUUUCAGCGUAUUGCUGAGGAGAGGGAUGAAGUCUCUCGAAAUGUACCUUCCUCUACCAGUCUUCACAUCCGUGAACGUUUUAAUAGAAUUUUUUCUCGGAAAAUUGAUUGGAAUUGUCUUGGGAAAAUUUGCAAAGAAUGGAUAAGGGAUCCCAUGCAUCUUGCUCUUUUUAUCUGGAUUACCUGUGUUGCUGUCUCUGGUGCUAUUCUGUUCAUGGUCAUGAUUGGAAUGUUGAACCAUGCCAUACCAAAGAAGUCUCAAAGAGAUAUUUGGUUUGAAGUCAAUAAUCAAAUUCUCAAUGCACUGUUUACCCUAAUGUGUUUAUACCAACACCCAAAGCGAAUAUAUCACCUAGCCCUACUAUUGAGAUGGAGGCCAGAAGAUGUUUUAAAGCUCAGAAAAGAUUACUGCAAGAAUGGCACUUAUAAGCCCCAUGAGUGGGCACAUAUGAUGGUGGUUUUGGCUCUACUCAACCUUAACUGUUUUGCUCAAUAUGCAUUAUGUAGUCUUAACUUGGGAUACAGGAGAUCUAAGCGACCAGCUAUUGGGGUUGGAAUAUGUAUCUCUGUUGCAAUUGGUGCCCCUGCAAUUGCUGGUAUUUACUCCAUGCUUAGUCCACUUGGGAAAGACUAUGAGACCGAGUUGGAUGAAGAAGCACAACUUCCGGUUACUGCUGAUGGAAGUAGCCGACCAGAUCAAUUGAGGAGACAAUCACUUGAAAAGAGAUUUUCAUUUGCAUUGAGGGAUGAGGAAAGAAACGUUGAGAGUAGACCACUGUGGAGUGGCGGUAUUCUUGAUUUUUGGGAUGAUAUUUCUUUAGCUUAUCUCUCACUAUUUUGUAGCUUUUGUGUUUUUGGAUGGAACAUGGAGAGACUUGGGUUUGGUAACAUGUAUGUUCACAUUGUUACUUUUCUUUUAUUUUGUAUGGCUCCUUUUUGGAUUUUCAACCUGGCUGCCGUUAAUAUAGACAAUGAUACUGUCAGGGCAGCAUUAGGUGUUACUGGUAUUUUCCUUUGUGUAUUUGGGCUACUAUAUGGUGGUUUUUGGAGGAUUCAGAUGAGAAAGAGAUUUAAUUUGCCUCCAUAUAACUUUUGUUUCGGUAAAGCAGCUGUCGGUGACUUCGUUCUGUGGCUUUUCUGCUGUUGGUGUUCUCUAGCUCAGGAAGUACGGACAGGUAAUUCAUAUGAGAUUGUGGAGGAUAAGUUCUACAAGAAAAAAGGUGAUCAGUUGCCAAUGUCCUCUUUGCCUCGUGAAGAUGGGGAAUUUCAGUUUAGGUCCAGCCCAAGUUCUUCUCUUGGUUAUCAUUCCUCUCCAUCACAUAUUAUGAAACCUAACUCCCCAAGUCCAAGCCGCUUUUCAAAGGGAUACUAUAGUCCAGAAAGGCAGCUUUCUUUAAUUGAAGAAGAAUCUCAUAUGCAAGGUAAAGAUGAAAAGAUGACACCACCUUUACCUUCAGUAAUAAGGAGAGAAUAGAUUUCACACAACAAUUCAAAAUGCUAUUGCGAUUUGUAAUAUGAUUCGAAGACUAGGCAUGUAAUUUUUUUUUUUAAGGUGUAUCCAACUAUUCAUAGUUCCAUAUGUAGGUCAAAUUUCUGUCUUUUUUCUUUGAUUGUUUGGUGAAUAUUUGCAUUGUUUUUCU